AGCUCUUCUUUAGACACGAUCCGCUUCUGAUUCAAUUCAGUCCCGAGCAGUCUGUCUUCUCCGUUCUGAUUUCCGACCACUGUUGACCCAUCGUCAAUGGGGAAUUGCAGUGGCGUAGCCUCCGGGCAUAGCCAACCGGACCACUCUAACGCCACUCACUCCGGCCUCCCUCCGCACCAACGUAACAAUGGCAUCUCCGUCCUUCCUCCUGAUUCCAACCCCUCUCGUCCUCCUCCACCACCUAAACCAGCACUCUCUUCUGUUGUCGGACGCGUCCUUGGCCGGCCCAUGGAGGAUGUGCGUUCCACCUAUAUCUUCGGCCGUGAACUCGGUCGUGGUCAAUUUGGUGUCACCUACCUAGUCACCCACAAAGUAACGAAGGAACAAUUCGCCUGUAAAUCCAUCGCUGCACGCAAACUGAUUAACCGCGACGACUUGGAAGACAUUUGCCGCGAGGUCCAGAUCAUGCACCACCUCACCGGUCAUCGCAACAUUGUGGAGCUUAAGGGAGCUUACGAGGAUCGUCACUCUGUUAAUUUAAUCAUGGAGCUUUGUGCUGGCGGGGAGCUGUUCGAUCGGAUCAUAGCCAAAGGGCACUACUCGGAGCGAGCCGCUGCUUAUUUAUGUCGCCAGAUCGUGACGGUUGUGCAUGAUUGUCACACCAUGGGAGUUAUACAUAGAGAUUUGAAGCCUGAGAAUUUCUUAUUCCUGUGUAAGGAGGAGAGUUCACCUCUUAAGGCCACUGAUUUUGGCCUCUCUGUAUUUUUCAAGCCAGGAGAUGCAUUUAAAGAUCUUGUUGGGAGUGCAUAUUACGUUGCUCCUGAGGUGCUGCGUAGAAGCUACGGACCUGAAGUAGAUAUUUGGAGUGCCGGGGUUAUAUUAUACAUUCUUCUCUGUGGUGUCCCACCCUUCUGGGCAGAAAAUGAACAGGAUAUCUUCAAUUCAAUUCUUCGCGGGCAUAUUGAUUUUGCGUCAGAUCCUUGGCCUUCCAUUUCAAGUAGUGCCAAAGACCUCAUCAAGAAGAUGCUACAAGCUAAUCCAAAAGAAAGGUUUUCAGCAGUUGAAGUCCUUAAUCAUCCUUGGAUGAGAGAAGAUGGGGAUGCAUCUGAUAAGCCUCUUGAUAUUGCAGUUCUAUCCAGAAUGAAACAAUUCCAGGCAAUGAACAAGCUGAAGAAAGUAGCUCUGAAGGUAAUUGCUGAAAAUCUGUCUCAGGAAGAAAUUAUUGGCUUAAAGGAAAUGUUUAAAUCCAUGGACACAGAUAACAGUGGAACAAUCACUUAUGAUGAGUUAAAAGCUGGUCUCCACAAACUGGGUAGUAAACUUUCUGAGUCUGAAAUAAGGCAGCUGAUGGAAGCGGCUGAUGUAGAUGGAAAUGGAGCCAUUGAUUAUAUUGAGUUUAUAUCAGCAACCAUGCAUAUGAAUAGAAUGGAAAGAGAGGACCAUCUAUACAAAGCCUUUGAAUAUUUUGACAAGGACAAGAGCGGGUAUAUCACGAAGGAAGAAUUGGAAUCUGCCCUUAGGAAGUAUAAUAUGGGUGAUGAGAAAACUUUAAAGGAGAUCAUUGCUGAAGUUGACUCAGACAAUUUCUUGAAAUUGCAGCAAUGAUGGGGUAGCUUAUAACCUGUGAAGAUAUUUGAUGUUGCCCUUUAAUACUGUGUCUAUCACUUUUCCAAUCACACAAACGUAUUGUCUCUUAUCCAAGAAAAAUGAAUAAAUAAUGACCAAAAUAAAUAAAGAAAAGUGCUGCUGUUGAAAAUAACAAAUUUUGGAGAAUAAACAGACUAGGUACAUGAAUAUACUAAUGGAUAUGGGUAUUGUGAGGGUUAAGUGUCUCAUGUUCUCAUUGGACAUGCUUUUUUCUUGAGGCCAGUGUUUUAAUUGGACACUUUUAAUAUUAUAAUUGAGGUCAUAGAACUGUGAACUUCAUUCUAGGUAAUAGUGGUGGAAGGAAAUUAAGCAGAGCUGAAUUCUUUAAUUCUGCAAGCAUUCCAGAAAUAGAUUAAUGUUGAUGUCUUUUAGCCCUCUGGCUAUAUUAUCUAGUGGGGUGUGGCAUUCUUUCGUUCACAUUGGUGACUGUCAUUCAUAUUUUGUUAAAUUUUAGACGUUCAUAUAGGAAAAGUUAGGUACAUUGAUGUAUUUGUAUUCUCUAAUAUUUACUUGUCUGUUAUGGCAAAUGAAUUUGUAAAAGAAGACGUGUGUAAAUGGUAUUUUAUAAAAACAUAUAUAAAAGAUAAUGCUUUAUGGAUGUCAUAUCUCUAUAGUUUUUUAAGGGCACUCUGUUUCACCUAAAUUGGCGGCGUCCUCUGCCCCUUGAUAUUGCAUGGCGCAAGAUGCUUUGGAUAUCAAUAUGUCAAACACAACUACUUCAGUUGUCUCCUAAUUUAAAUGAACAAAAUCUAGUUUUUGUUAUUCAUUACUAUUUUCGAUAACACAUUGGCAUUGGGCAAUCCGUGCAGUUGAUCCUACCUUGUGGGAUAUUGCUGCUUCUUCUUGUUGUAUUACUAUUCCUGACGGCUUAUCAAUAUAUAGUGACAAUAGAUAAUAUUUUUUUAAAAUUUAUUUUUGUAUUAUCUAUCUAUUAUAUAUAUGUUUACAUGUUGAAUAGGGAUGAAUAGUAAAAAAUGCCUUAGGGAAUAGGGAUGAAUAGUACAAAAUUGGAUUUUUUUCUGCAUGUGUACCUAUAAAAGGAAAAUAACUACCAGUGGCAUGUUGACGCGACGGCACCAACACCUCCCAAAUUGAAGGAAGGUUUCAGGUUCGAUCUCAUGCAAAUGAUGGAAAAAUUAACUACGAUGAAUUCGUAGCCAUGAUGAGGAAAGGCAACCCGGACUUCGUGAACAGACGUCGCUAAUAAACAGGGAUUCUUCAUUUCCUUAUCAUCAUCUUUCCUCCAUUUCUCAAUUAUAACUAUUGAUAUCACUGCAUUAAAUGGAUAUGUUUUAGUCAUAGAUUUAAUGAGUGGUUAUGAUUUGGGAAAUGGAGGGAAAGUGAUCAUAAAGAAACGGAAAGAUUCCAUGUCCAUUUUAUCGCAGAAUUUAACACGGUAUUAAUGUGCACACCAUAGCUUGCGGUUCUUCUUAUGGGACCAUUUUAUAUAUAUAUAUAUAUAUAUAUAUUAAGUGCUCACCUACAAGGGUGGCUGAGUAAACGAUGGUUGUGUACAAAUUUGAGAAGUAGAUCAGUUCUUCUUUCCAGAGUUUAAAGAUUAGGCGAAAGAUUAUGCCUUCAAGUCUGUCCUCGUAAUUUACAUUUUGGUUAUUUCUUCACCAGCCAACCGUCAAUCAUGAUUGCUCUUUUAAAUUAGGGAGAAUUUCAAUUUAGGAUCAUGUGUGUGAAAUUAUUACAAAUCAGACCCAAUAAAUCUUUAAAAUUUACUUGAGGAUCAAGGCACUAAAUUGAAAAUAAAUUUCACAGGAAAAUUAUUGUAAUAUCUUUUGUUUGUGGUGAACAACAAAUAUCAGGCAUGUUAGAGACGUUGAGUUUCAAUUGAUUAUAAAAAAGUCUCGAACUUCCUUACCACAGUUUACUUAAAUAUAAAAAGAUAUAAGGCUUUGGUAGAAUAAGUAUUUGAUUUUUAUUAAAAUAUGAUAAGAUUAUAAAUCUAAAACUAAAACACUAAUUGAUAACAGUUUACUUUAUUUUUUUUUUUUGGUUUCUUCUUUUAUUUAUAGUAUUAGAGUAACAGUAACCUCUUUUUUGAAACCUAGCACGUUUUGCUGAAGAAUUAGGAAUCUCGCGAAGCUCAUGGUACAGUCUUUAUUUCAUAUUCUCCUUUUUUAUAACUAGCCCAUUUCACCGAGAUACUUGAGCAUAGAAUUUGGCGUUAUUUAAAAUCAUGUAUUUCGUGCCAAUGGUUUAAUACUUACAGUUGACGGGAUUUCGACGUGUUUACUUAUUGUGGCCUUUAUUGAGUCUUAGGGCCAGUCCUUUUUGUUUAUAUUAGGCUUGACACUUCAAUUACUCAGCUCAACUAGUCAUGUGAUCUAUUUGAGCAAUGUUUCAUAUUUAACCCAAAUAAUAUCCCCCUGUGUCAAUGGCUGAUAACGUAAGCCAUGUGGCACGUUUGAAAAAACUAAAAUGUCGCUUCAUUUCUAAGUGUCCUUUGUUGAUAUAAAUUCAUUUUUUUUUCUGGUCACUUCUCUUGCCCUUUCUAUUGUUUCUUAAACUUCAAGUAUUCACUCUUCUACAUCCCUCUUACCUUAGCUCUCAAAUGACUUCUUCCACUUCUGCCGCUUCUUCUAUUACCGCUCCAUCUUCCACCUCUGUUGGGAGUCUGCCUGAUUCUCUGGAGACUAUUCGAAAUCUCGUUACCCCACUCGGCAGGAGGAUUCUUCAUUCCACGAAUCGGUGGCUUUCUAGUAAGUUUUUUACUUCUCAUGUUUAGCCCUUUUGUUUUAUUGGAGAAGUACACUAACUGUGCUUUGUUUUUCUCCAAUACUUCUCCUUGGAGCUUUCAAAUCUCCAAUAAAAGUGACGUCGAGUACUUGACCAUCUCUCCCGACCUGUUCAAAGUUACAGCCCCUACUCAACCAAAUCCAUGGCUACUGACUACCAUUCAUAAUUUGGUCUUAGCUCGGACGACUUGGCCAUUCCCCGAGUCAUCCUGUAGAAAACUCAGAAACUAGCCUCGGUCUCCUCAUGCUUGGGUCAACUGGGUGAGGUGGUUGAAGUCAGAGUAUGCACCUUAAUAGAAGGAGAUGGGUCUUUACAACCUGAUUCAACUAUCCCUGCUUGAUGUUGAUGUCCCAGUCGAGCUUUUGACUGCCCUCUUAAGCUUCUGGGCUUCAGGCUACAACGCCUUCAUCUUUGAGCUCAGCCCUAUGUCCCUCAUGUUAUGGGACAUUUUCAUGUUCUUAGAGCUACCCAUCACCGGGGAGGAGAACUUCUGUGCGAGCCUCGACAAGCAUGACUCCUACAUCGCCCUCCUAGCCGACUUAGAGAGCAAGAUCAGGAAUGUGGGCUCCUACACAAAGAUUAUGGAGUUAUUCUUCGAGAAGUCAGUCACUAAACUUAUCAUUGCCACAGAGCACCUGAUCUUCAUAUAGAUCCUACUGAGUCAAUAGAUCCUGGCCCCAAGGGGGGGAAGCCCAUGCAGCUGCAUUUGAGGAUUGCCCAGUCCCUGCUCUGUAGCAUUCAAAUAGCCAUGGGAACAAUGUUUCUGUGCCGCCUCUAUGACAGCAUGAAGGAGUCAUUGACGAAGAAACCUUUCAGCAGCUUCUCUAGACUCGUCUAGUUUUUGAAGUUAUGGACAACGGCCUACUUUUCACUUCUUCAGUAAGAGCCUUUCCUAGAUGAUUCUCGUGCUAACCAACCCUUCACCUAUCUCCUUGGUAGUCAUCCGCUAAUCGACUCAAAGAACUUCUUCGAGUUCCUUAGUCAGCAGAGCUGGUCCUUGGGGAGGACCUUAAAGGCCUUCAAUAUUUCGAACCACCGCCUCUCCACCUAGUACAAGCACAUGGUGGACUGGAAGAACAAGCCCGCCAAGAUAUUUAGGGAUGAGGUUUUCCUCUUGGCCACUACUCCUAAGAAGAUAUGGCUACCAUACUCUAGCUCUUCCUCCAAGUCUCUGAGGGUCUACUUGGAAUCAUAUCAUCCUCAACUGGUGGCAGGCCAGUUUGGAUUGAGUCAGUACAUCCCUGGGACCUAUCCCCCAAAUCAAUGUGGAGCUGCUGGAUAGGGAGGUUAUCGACCAGAUAGCCGUUCCACGCAUCGCUCAGAGACAGUGCAAGGUAGUACUUGUAGAUAGAGAUGCCUACCUCUACUUCAAUAAAUAGUGGCCCUAGCGCUUUAAGCGCAAUAAAGAGCCAUACUAGCCGUGAUUGAACGUAAUCUCACAUGUUGAUGACAUUCCUGAGGAAAAACAUUGAUGCCCCAUUGCUUUUAAGACCCAGAUGGCCCUCUCGCCGAGGACCGUGGUCUAAGGGAUAAAGCAAGAUAAUGCCUUAUCCUAAGUCUUAGCCCCCUCAGUCCCUAGGAAGCCUGGGGCUAAGAAGAUCCCCUCAAGUCGUCUAGAUAAAUGAGAUGGUUCUGAUAAGAGGAAGCGAGCUCCAUCUCCUUCGCCCGAUGCUAAGAGAAGGAAGAAGACAACGCCUCCUCCCCUCGACCAACCUUCCUCUACUCCGCUCCUAACCAGCCCCACUCCCCAGAAGGGUAAGCGCACGCACAAACACCAAAGGAUGAUGAUCCUAUUAGCAAAUUUGCGACGAUAGGGUGAGUCCUUUUCAACAUGGGGAGGAGACCCAGCUCCCAAAUUCCUGAGUAGUCACUUCUCCCACCUCUGCCAAUCCUGAGCCAAUACCCAUGGAUCCAACUGAAAUUGCUCAGGAGGUGGCCCAAGAGGUGACGGAGCAUACUGAAGAUCUGGGGGUUGCUAUGUCUGUUGCAAGUCACAGGUGGUGCUGUUAAUUCGGAAGACAUCGAGGCUAUAAUUGAGCAGGGAGGGGCUUUUGCUGUAGCCUCGAGUGGAGAGUUGGAGCUUGAAGUCCAAGGUCUUACUUCCACCGAAGGCCCCAGGAUGGUCUCCCCCAUCAAUUCGAUCCCACCCCCUAACUAAUUAAGCGCUCAAGAAGUUGGGGACUCUGAGAGGUCCUUAGAGGGAUUCUAGGCAGCGACUAUGAAUAAUGCCCUAGUUGCCUUGGUCUCCAGUUAAAGCCUCUCGAUGCGGGGUCAAACUGAUUCCUCCACUCUCACGGGCCGUGUAGAGGAGGCCUUGCGAUUAGCAACGCGAUCUGCGCAUACUCCUCCCCCUUCUACAAGUAAAGACAAAGCACUUGUGGACCCAAUUCAGGUAUUGGCUUGUUCUGCUCUUCCCUUCUAGUCUUUCUAAUUCCUUUUUUAUCUCUCAUUACUGACCUCACUUUGUUUUCUUCGGUUGGCUUUAUUCGAGGUGGUACCCUCUGAUGCCCUUCUAGCCCACAUCUGUGGCCCUGAAAUGGAUGUAGUGUAGGAUGCUUGGAGGGUCAUGUAGUUCCAACUUAGCCGAGAUCUACUCCUCAUUCCUGAACAGAAUUAUAAGGAGAUGAUUUGGGCUCUCGAGGCUAUAGAGAAGGUAGUCUCCAUGUCUGAGUUAGUGCUCCUUCAAGCUCAAGUCUCGGCAUGUUAUAGCAUCAUCAGCCAGUGCUAUAAAGAACUCCCCCUCCUAUCAAAAUAUUUAAAAAACAAUUGGUCAGUGAGGGACAAGUAUCUUGCCACCAAGACCCAAAUGAUUGCUGCCACUAAUCGGUCUAAAAGAUUGCCCCUCGCAUAGAUCACCUCCAGGCACUACGGGCUAAGGUGGUGGACUUGAGGCGCCAGCUAGCAGCAGCUGAAGAGGAGUUGGUGCAAGCUGAAGCUGAAGACGAUCUAGCUGAGUCUAAACUAGAGACCGCAACUAAGGCUCUGGAUGAGGCACAGGCCAUUUCAGAUGAAAAGCUUCAUUCCAUGCUUGAGUUUGAAAUGGCCCUUACUCGCUAUUAACCCUUUCUGAAGAAUUAGACUCAGCUUUGGCGACAUGAGAGACCAUAUGUAGCCUUUGUAAACAAUAUAUAAAUGUAUCUUAUUUUUUUUCAUUGUUUAUUCUUUAUUCUUUAUUCCAGUACUCUACACCCUUUGUAACACGAUUCAAAUGUAAUAAAGGUAAAUAAUUUUCUAUUA